CUUCUCUUUUUUCUGUUUUUAAUAUUACAGCAAAUAUGACAAGCCGUGAGAGUUCUCCUGUAAGAAAAGAAGAAAAGAAAGAAGAACAACAGCAAGAUGUGACUGAGGAGAAGAGUAUCGAUGAACUUAUUGAUAUGAGCACAUUUGAUCAACUGUUAGAAAUGGAUGACGAAGACGAUCAUGAAUUUUCACAGGGCAUUGUAGUUAACUACUUUGACCAAGCAAAUGAGACAUUUAAAGAUAUGGAUCGUGCACUAAAAAAAGAGGACUUAUCAGAAUUAUCUCGACUGGGUCACUUUCUGAAAGGUAGCUCAGCAGCCAUUGGAUUAAAAAAAGUACAAGCAAGCUGUGAAAAGAUCCAAAACUAUGGUAACCGUAAAGGAGAGGAUGAUACGCUAACCGAAGAAGAAGCUUUAAAACGUAUUGCCGAUUUAUUACCACAAGUCAAGAAGGAAUAUUCAGAAGCAGAGGAAUACUUGAAGAAGUUUUACGAAAUACAAGACCCUCUAUAACUGCUACGCCUUUGGCAAGAAUUUGAUUGUAAAGAAUACAAGAAUAAACAUGAUACAAACAAACAAAACGACUCCAAAAGUCAUAAAGCUUGUCUUCCACGAUUUAGAAUAGUGUUUAUCUAGUCUCUGUCUCUCUGUCGUCAUUCUCUUUAGAUUAUGCUCAACAGCCUUUUGCGCGUCUCUUAACACGAUCUCAUCUUUACUUAACGUGUCGCCAAAUGCUUGGCUAUUCUUCUUUAACUGUUCUGCCAUUCGACUAAGAUCGGUCGUAAGUUCGUCAUGAAUCUGUCGAUGAUGCUGAAGGACGUGCUCGAGGUCAAA